ACUCUGGCAGUCCGGACAGGCGCGUGGUGGUAGUUUGAUAGCGACGUGAGCGCGCUCAUCCACCACCUGAGGGCUCGCGGACAGUUGACAGGACCGCCAGCACGGCACAGCUCGCGCUCGGCAGUGUCUAAUCAGUGUUUUUAUUUCACUUUGUAUUAAUCAGCCGUUAAAUCCGGUUAAAGUAGGAAGUUAAAGUAAACUGACCUCGUUACAAAGCGCCGAAUUAACGGGAGGAAAAUGCAAACUGCGGGCUCCAUCAUUCCCCAGGUACGUUUGGGUGAAGUUUCCUUUGUCGUGACAGAGUUUGGUUCUUCAAGUUAAGACUGUCUAUAGGAAAACCUCCACCAUAUUUGAUCAACAAGAUAAUCCAGUAUCAAUCCAAGGACUCAAUGAGAAAAACCUAAGAGCUACAUUACAAACGACAGGAAGUGUGUUAAACAAGAAGGUCCUAAAGCAAAGGGAUACAAAACAGACAACCAACAUCUCAGUAAAGAGAACCAAGAAAGAGACUCUUUCCCCGAAAGCUCAAUGCUUUUACUGAGCAUGUGUCAUAAAGAGACGUCAACACACAAGCAAAGAUGAACCCUUAUGUCACCUCACACUUCAGGAGGGAUCUAUUUCCCCAUUUCCAUUUGUUGUAGACUAUUGUCUAUCUGUCUGUUACUGGUUGAAUGAAAUGGCCUCUUUUAUAUUUGUACAGUUAUAGCAGUAGCUCUUGUCUAUUAUUUUACAGUUCUCAUUGUACUUGCCACAGUACUGGGUUACAGUUGAGGGUUGGAUUCUGUCCACUGUUCCAAAGAGACUGGAUGUGGACACUCUUGUAUAGGUCAGGAUUCAGUUGUAGAGUUCAAAUGGUUGGGCAAGGUAAAUACUAACUAAACACUACAAGCAUACAUUUACAUUGCCUGAUACAUUUUUCUUUGCAUAUAAUAUUUUUUUUAUUUUAUUUGUGGAAAAUCUCACUGAUGUUCACAUAGCCUUUUGUGAUUUGGUUCAAACAGAGAUGCUGAGUUAGAGACUAUAAUCCACUAUAGUUACCCUCUCAGCCGCCUUAGUUCUCAGCUCUUCUCAGCUCUUCUGCUUCAGUGGCAUACACCUGAUUUUGGCUCCAGACCUCCAGAAAACUAGAAAACUUCCUCAGGUGACCUGUGUGCUUACCUUUUCCCUCAUAUAAAUCGGCCACUUAAAGUUAAAAUCCUGAGUAAUGUUGGAGAUAGAUCAAAGUAAUCUCUCUCUGCUGUUUUCUUCCCUUCUUUUUAUCUUUUGUCAGGCAUUGGCGAUUUCUCAGCCGUAAUGCUGAGCUGUAAUGAGGUAUGUCUGCUCUGAGACACUAACUGUUGCAGGUGAUUGCUAACAGCCGUGUAGUUCAGGUCAAUAUUAUCCACGCAACAGUCAGUAGAUUUGAUCUUCACCAGAUUAACAAUGGCCAUCAAACAGAUAUGCAGACCCCUUGAAAAACAAUGUGAAAUUGUGAAAGCAGUGACAUGAUUCUUCCAGUUGGGGCCCUCUUGUUGGGUCAAAGUGACAUUUCCUAGACUUAUGAAGACAACUGCAAGUUGCAAGACUACUCUAAGGCUGCUGUAACAGAUACAUCGUUUGAACCUACUUAUGAAAUUAUGUGUACUAUAUUUAAUGCUUUAUCCAAGAUGUAUUGGCACUGUAUUCUGAAUGACGAAUGACGGUAGGCAUUUGAUGUACUGAAAGUGUUCUAUUCUUUGUUUCCUCAUGCCCAUACCAAGGGGUUGUGAAAUUGAGAAGAACUUUGAUCGUAAGAAUUAGCAUGUUUUUUGCUUUUUAGACUGCAUGUUGGAAAUAAUUUUAUCAUAUCAUCCCAUUUGAAGUUAGUUUGGAUGUCUGCAUCUUGUCUCAGUAUUAUGGAAGGUACCCUGUAAUGAGCUGUAUAUCCUUGAUAUGUUUCCUACUCCAUUGCAUUAUCAGUCUAUAGCUUUCAUUAAUUGAUACCUGCUCGAGGCUUCCCUUUUGUGGUUUUGAACUGAACAGAACCAAUCCUGCAUGCUUUUCUGAUGUCUGUUGAGGUCAAUCCAACCCUACCAGUCCUGGUCAAGAGAAUUUCUGCAAACUGGGCAUCACAGAAAUAGACUCUUUGGGUUACCGCUGACAUUUCUUUUCAGCUCACCUCACUUACUUAAGUGAGUUUUAUUAUUUAAGGACAUUAAUUGUGAAUGAAUACACCUGUGGACCUACUUCAAGAAAGCCCCCUUUGUUGCUUAGGGCUCCGUUGAUGAAUAUAUAGACAAUACUAGGAAACAAAAUGACAAGUUGGGGAAACUAAGUGACUGAUCAAUGGCCUUGGAGGGAAUUAUUAGAUUGCCCACUAUAGACUUGCAACUAUCUCUUCAUUAAGAGGGAUUUAAAGACUGACUGUGUUAUAAGCUCCACAAGGCGCUUAAUUACCACAUCAACAAUCAAGUCAAGGUUCACUGAGGAAUACUGAGCAACUGAACUUCUGCAUAAGAGAGAAGAGAUUUUAUAGCGCAUGAUGGGAGCGGCACGUGUGAAACGCCGCUUCAGUGCUGUGGUGGAUGGGCCAGUGGAGGAAGAGGAGGUCAUGAGGCUGGCACAGAGUGCUGCAGACACGGCUAGGGCAGGGGGGAGUCCAACAGGGUCAGGGACCCCAACCAGCCCCUCCCCGACCCAUGCCCUGAACGGCAAAACUCUACCUCUCCAGAGCAACACCAACAAUGCACGGAGGCAGAGUGCCAUUGGAGAGUCAGUUGGAGGAGAUGCAGGAGAAGGCGGGAUGAGAGCUGCAGGAAUGUGCUCAGGACUAAGGAAUGAAAGAGGCAGUCGUGUAGGAGGAAGAGGUAAAGGCCGGUCAUCCUCGGACCAGGAUUCACUCUCUUCCCCCUCCACUACCAGCCGCCGGCGCACUAGGCGCUCAAGCCGCCGGCCCCGACAACGCUUUGUGGGCAAGGACGGACGCUGCAACGUCACCUUCGUCAACAUGAGCGAGAGGGGCCAGCGCUACCUCAGCGACCUCUUUACCACAUGUGUGGACAUCCGCUGGCGCUGGAUGCUUGUCAUCUUCACCCUCUCCUUCCUUCUCUCCUGGCUGCUCUUUGGAUUUGCCUUCUGGCUCAUUGCCUCCAUGCAUGGGGACCUCUCCAUUCGGCUUACCCCCAGCUCCAGUUCCUCUCCGGGAUCAGGAGAGGCCGGUUCUGGAGGAGAGUCCGAUAGAGAGGCAGUGGUUGAGGAACCAUGCUUCCUCCAGGUUAACAGCUUCAUGGCUGCCUUUCUCUUCUCCUUGGAGACGCAGACAUCCAUUGGUUACGGAUUCAGAAGCGUGACCGAAGAAUGUCCCCUGGCGGUGGUGGCGGUCGUUUUGCAGUGCAUUGUGGGCUGCAUUAUUGACGCCUUCAUCAUCGGGGCAGUCAUGGCAAAGAUUGCCAAGCCCAAGAAGCGCAACGGGACAUUGUUGUUCUCUGAAACAGCUGUGGUGGCGCUGAGGGAUGGGAAACUCUGCAUGAUGUGGAGGGUCGGAAACCUACGCAAGAGCCACCUGGUAGAAGCACAUGUUCGAGCACAACUACUGAAGCCAAGGGUGACAGAAGAGGGAGAGUUCCUCCCGCUGGACAAUGCGGACAUCAACGUGGGUUUUGACACUGGCACCGACCGCAUCUUCUUGGUCUCCCCAGUGACAAUUGUCCACGAGAUCAACGACGAGUCACCCUUCUUCGAGAUCGACCGUAAGACCCUGGAGAGUGACUCUGAGUUGGAGGUGGUGGUCAUACUCGAGGGCAUGGUUGAGGCCACAGCCAUGACCACACAGUGCCGUAGCUCCUAUCUGGCUUCUGAAAUCCUCUGGGGACACCGUUUCGAACCAGUGCUCUUCGAGAGGAAAGAUUGCUACCAGGUGGACUACUCAUUCUUCCAUCGGACAUAUGAAAUUCCAGACACACCAUCGUGCAGUGCUAAAGAGCUGGCCGAGCAGAAGUACAUUCAAAGCUCACGUUCGUCAUUCUGCUAUGAGAAUGAAGUGGCUCUGCAACUCGUCUCCCCUGAUGAUGAGCCUGACCAAGACCCCGAAUGUCCCUCCCCACCGACCCGAAGACAAUCCUUGGCAGAACAUCUCCACUACAACUGAACUUGUGGAAUAGGAGACCUUCAGGGAAAAGAGACAGGAAGUUGGACCAGAGGUUAGAGGAAGAACAGGCAAAAAGAGAGGGUUAGAGAAGUAGGAAUGGGCAGACCAGGAUACACUAGGCAGGAUUAAAAUCUUUCUCUUUAUCUUAAAAGAUAGAACCAUGGAUUUUCCAGUGUGAGGAUAAAGGAUAGGAAGUCCAGGAGAAGCAAGUCAAGAGAUUGACUAUAAGUUUUAAAGGUUUGCAAGAGUACUACUCUACAGAUUAGAUUGAACAGAGAAAUAGAAAUGAUAUGGACAGAUAGAGAAACAGUGGGGGGUUUGGGGUCAGUCUAUAGGGGAGAUGGGUUACUACACUGACCUAGUUGUCUGAUUGGUCCUGGCAAUCUUUCAGGGUAAUUGAAAACCUGUCUGCUAAGUCUCACAUCUGGCCCAUCACUACCACAACACGCUCAUCUGGCUUUAAUGCCUGCCUGUCAGAAUAUACAACAGCACCCCAUGGUGGAUCUAACCUGCAACUGCUCCUCCAGUUUUAUGAUCCGCAGAAAAUUGUGACCUUUAUUUUAGGUGGCUUCUGUAUAAAAAUGAGUGGUAGUGUACCUACUGAGGUACAACUCAGGAAUGUCUUCCACUGUGAUGCUGAUUUAUCAUUUUGAUGCUUUAUUUUCUUAUGGUAAGUAUGGAUAGUGCACAUUUUGUGAUACUGUGAGCAGGGGGAUGUGUGAGAAUGUAGUAUUAGGCUAGGCUACUUGCAGAGCCAAAGCAGAACAACAGUAACAUGGAGAAACAGCUGAAAACUAGCAGCGGUUUUGAGCAGUUUCUUUUCCAUGUUACGAGCUGUAUGUUGUUUUGUUUUUUGGCUUUUUUCUCUGUGUCAUGCAAAAAAAGGUUCACUGAUUGUAACAUUUGCUUUGUUUAAAUCUUGAAUGGCAUGUGGUCAGAGGAAGCAUGGUAGUCAUUUUCAAACCACUGCAAUGAUAAACAGAUGACAGAUGACGAUGUCUGUAUCCAGAUCAGUUAAUGACCACAUGUUUUUUCUUGCACUACUAUCUACGGUAUCUUCUCAUGUUCUAUGUUGCUAAAAUCAACCACAUUUGUAAUGUUUUGCUUAUACUUUUGGAUUCCAGCACUUUGCGGCUGAGCUAUGACAUUAUAAUCUUUGUUUAAGUGUCUUGACACUUGGGAGACCCUUGACAGUUCGGACUGAAUCCAAAGCAAAAGGGGUUGCUAUCAUUAACUCUGUAAAUGCGCUGGAGGCCUACAGUCAUCUCCAACAUCAUGAGAACACAACUGAGCUUAACUGAGUGGGAGAGGUGUUCUAACAAUGUUGCUGGCUUGCCGUACUUUUGUCUGAGAAUAAAACAACUGUCUAACAUCAGCACAAUUGAACUGGAAAUUACACCACAUUCAUAUAAAUUAUACUGUAUUUUUGUGCCCAUAAAAUCAUGUGACACCUUAUUCUUAUUCUAAAAGUGUAGUGAGCGGUGCCUUCAUAACAAACCAGAGAUUUUUCAACUGGCCCGUCAUCUGUAGCGGUUAAUUUCAUGUUUAAAAUGUGCUUAAAGCUUAUUUUUGUUGUGUGUAUUUUCAUAAUAAUGCUGGUUAUGCAGGUGUUUGUCAAUCAAUUUAACAUUUGCAGUAUGUUGUUCUAAGUAGACAAAACAAUGUCUGCAAAUGAAUUACUGUGAAUCUGCUCAGUAACUGAGAACAUGAACAUGCACUGAUAACAUUAAGACGCUUUUAGCCGUAUUGUAUUGUAGGAUAUGUAAUAGUUACACUUUGUAGUUAUAUUACAAAGCACCUGGAAUGUUCUCGUUUAUUUUAGAUCCUGUAAUAAUUUGCAGUUAAUUAUGCCACCUGAGUAUUUAAGAUUACAGAAGGUGUUGGGAAAGGAAAUGUAACUCAGUGUGAGGAGUGCAACAUGAUAUUGAGCGUUGACCAACAAUCAGCCUGUCCAACGCACAGCCUGGAAACUUGUUAUUUGUACUUUGCACAAAAGUAAUACAUGGAGACUAAUAUCACUAAUGAAGCUCUACAACAGCACAGUAGUGUUGCUGGAUCAGCACAGGUUAACCUCAGUGCAUCAGUCGCAGUGUUUCACUCCAGUUUUUGAACGUUUUUUUUAUGGUUACCUCAGGGUUGUUGAGGUAUUGAUAACAUAUUCUCUGUUACAAUUAGUGUUAAUACUGUUCUAUGUUUGUGUCCUCCCUUACACUUUUCCUUUAUGGUCACCAUGUUCUAUUUAUAGGCUGCAUGGUGGGUCAACUCGUUCACCCUGCCUCCACUUCCAUGAAAUGUAACUUGACCUUUCAGCACCAUCACUCUGACAACGAUAGCACUUUUUGAACACCCCAGAAAGAAAUAGACGGAUUAUUUGGUAAUUUCACUGGUUGCUUAGGAUUCACAACUUACAGUACACAUAAUAAUUUUUUUUUUAAAUCAUAGGUAUUUAUAAUAUACAUAGUGUAAAAAUGCAUAGUAUACUGUAAUACUGCAUACAUUUUAAUGAUAUAGUGAGAUGAAACCAAUAAAAGCUGUAACUACCUUUCCUAGGUUAUUUUUCUAAAAAGAAAGGGAAACCUCUCUGCUCUAACAUUGAAAUGUAAUUUCAGAGCUGCCUCAGGCACAGAGCACUUCCAAACUGAACUGUGUUGUAGAGCAAA